UUUUCACUAUGUGAAAGAUACAUACAUGUCCCUAUGAAAUUGUUUAUAAGGAGCUACUACCGAUAUGUUUCUUCACACCAAUUUCAUACUAUCCAUAUGGAAAUUCAAAGGCACCGUUUGGUUCUAAUAACACCACCAUUUCAGGGCCACUUAACUCCAAUGCUUCACCUAGCCACCAUCCUUCAUUCAAAAGGGUUUUCCAUAACGGUGGCACAUGCCCAUUUCAAUUCCCCCGAUCCUUCUAACCACCCUAACUUUUCUUUUCUUCCCUUGUUCUAUGGUUUAUCCGAUACUCACAUCUCAUCCAAGAAUGUUGUAGAUAUUACUGCAACCUUAAAUACAAAGUGUGUGUCUCCAAUCAAAGAGGCAUUGAUUCAUCAGAUUGAGAAAGCAAAUAUAAACCAUGAAAAGAUUGCUUGCGUCAUCUACGAUGGAUUAAUGUAUUCCAUUGAUUCUGUGGCCAGAGAACUGAAACUACCCAACAUAGUCCUCAGAACCACCAGUGCUACUAAUUUUCUCACUUAUCAUGCAUUUGUGCAGAGACAAAGCAGUGGCUGCCGUCCCUUGCAAGAUUCUAUGUCAUUGGACUUGGUGCCAGAACUCGAACCACUCCGAUUCAAAGACCUGCCAAUGUUCAAUUCGUGUGAUAUGCAGAAACAAAUUGCUAAAACAAUGGAAGUGAGACCUUCUUUGGGUGUUAUCUGCAACACAGUGAAUUGCCUUGAAGAGAAGUCCUUGUAUAGGCUACACCAGGUGUACAAAGUCAGUUUCUUCCCCAUAGGCCCUUUACACAUGAUUGCCGAAGAAGAUUCUUCUAGUAGUAGCUUUGUGGAAGAAGAUUACAGCUGCAUAAGUUGGCUGAAAAAGCAACCAAAAAAAUCGGUGUUGUACGUGAGUUUGGGGAGUAUAGCAAGUUGGGAGGAGAAAGAGCUGACAGAAGUAGCUUGUGGCUUAGCAAAUAGCAAGCAGAAGUUCCUUUGGGUUAUCAGACCAGGGACAAUCAGAGAUGUUUCAGAAUGGGUAGAAUCACUGUGUAAAGAUGUUAGAGUGGCAAUAGCAGAAAGGGGUUGCAUUGUGAAAUGGGCACCUCAGGGUGAGGUUUUGGCAGACGAAGCUGUGGGAGGGUUUUGGAGCCAUUGUGGUUGGAACUCUACGUUGGAGAGUUUGUGUGAAGGAGUGCCAAUGAUGUGCCAACCUUAUUUUGGGGAUCAGAGGGUAAAUGCAAGGUUGUUGAGCCAUGUAUGGAAGGUAGGCCUAGAGUGGUCCAAUGUCAUGGAAAGGAAUGAAAUAGAAGUGGCAGUGAGAAGAUUGAUGGUGAAUUCUGAAGGAAAAGAGAUGAGGCAGAAAGCAUUGAAACUCAAGAAUGAAAUUAAGAUAGCUGUGAAAGAUGGUUCUUCCUAUGAUGCCUUAAAUAGGUUGGUCAAAACUAUCUUAUCAAUUAAUCUCUAACUUCAUCUAAUAUUACUCAGAUUAUGAUAUAGCUUUAGUGCAUGUAAAAUCACCUUCAGUAGCUGUAAAAACUGAUGAAGUAAUUAAGAGUGAAAAAGUUUGAGUUCGUUCUGUGAUGAUGGAGAUGUUGGGAACAUCCAAUUCAUCAUGUUUGUAUGGAUAAACUCCUAUUUAUUAUUUUAUUAUAUUUCUUGUGUAAUUAAUAUCAU